AUGGGUCUUUUCAUCCUCUCCGAAACUUCGGCGGGCUAUGUCCUGCUCAAGUCAAAGGACAAGAAGCUCUUGGGCGCAGAGAGCAAAGAUUCCUCGAGCCUCGUCGAGCAGCUUAAGCUGAAGAAGUUCGCCAAGUUUGGAAGCGCUGUCGACGCUCUCGAGCAGGCGGCCGCGCUCCACGAUGGAAAAGUUACGCCCAUGCUGUCGUCCCUUUUGGAGGACCUGAAGGAUGAGACCAAAGCUACCUUGGCCGUCGCCGACCCCAAGCUCUCCAACUCGAUUGCGCAACUCCCGGGUCUCUCUCUCAAGACUGUAUCAGACUCUUCCACUCAAGAUGUAUUCCGUGCCAUCCGCGAAAACUUGACCUCGCUCCUUCCCGACCUCCUUCCCUCUGAGGAAGCCGCGACCAGACUUGGUCUUGCCCACUCCCUGUCGAGACACAAGUUGCGCUUCUCGCCCGACAAGGUCGACACCAUGAUUAUCCAGUCAAUCGCUUCUCUCGAUGUGCUCGACAAGCAGCUGAACACCUACGCCAUGCGUGUCAAGGAAUGGUACGGCUGGCACUUCCCAGAGCUCGCCAAGAUUCUCAAUGACAACCUUGCCUUCUCCCGUGUUGUUCUUAAGAUGGGUUUCCGAACCAAUGCGCGUGAGACCGACCUCUCUGAGAUCCUGCCCGAGGAGAUUGAGGCGGCUGUCAAGGCGGCUGCAGAGAUCUCUAUGGGUACUGAGAUCACAGAAGAAGAUCUGGAGGCGACUUCUGCUCUUGCCGAGCAGGUUGUUGACCUCACCGAGCACCGUCAAAACCUUGGCAGCUACCUGUCCAACCGUAUGCAGGCCCUCGCUCCUAACCUGACAGCUCUUGUUGGCGAGCUUGUUGGUGCGCGCCUCAUCGCCCACGCCGGAUCGCUCAUGAACCUCGCCAAGUCGCCUGGUUCUACCAUCCAGAUUCUCGGUGCUGAGAAGGCCCUCUUCCGUGCCCUGAAGACCAAGCACGACACACCCAAGUACGGUCUUAUCUACCACGCAUCCCUUAUUGGCCAGGCUACUGGAAAGAACAAGGGCAAGAUCGCUCGUAUGCUCGCUGCCAAGUCCGCCUUGGGUCUCCGCGUCGACGCCCUCAGCACUUGGGGUGUCUCAUCCGAGGACACAUCCAAGGAGCCUACCGAAGAGGAGAAGUCCCAACUUGGUCGUGAUGCGCGCCUCACCAUCGAGAGGAGACUGCGCGCCCUUGAGGGCAAGCCGCUCAAGAGCAUUCCUGCCGGAAACGCAAACCAGACAACACUUGGACAGAAGAAGUGGGAGGUCAAGGAAGCACGAAAGUACAACCCAGACGCUGACGGUCUCACUGGCGAUGAGCCAGCUGCUGACGCGCCUGCCCCUAAGCAGUCAAAGUCUGCCAAGACCAACGGUACACCCAAGAAGCUGGUACAAGAGGUUGACAGUGACGAAGAGAUGGCAGACGCCGACGGCGCUGAGGAUUCAUCAGACUCUGGAUCUGAAGACAAGCCUGCCGCAAAGGGUGACAAAGCAGCGAAGAAGGCUGAGAAGGAGGCCAAGAAGGCACGAAAAGCAGAGCGAGCCGCAAAGCGCGAGGCCAAGGAAGCGAAGAAGGCUGCCAAGGAGGCAAAGAAGGCUGGAAAGGAGAUCAAGGACAGCAAGAAGCGGAAAGCCGAUGAUGGCGACGAGAAGGUAGAGAAGAAGAAAAAGAAGAAGAGCAAGGACUAG